AAAAUAAUAAAUGACAUGAUUCCGACCGCCUGGCAAUGGCUCACUCUUAUCGCUUCGCCGCUGCUUUAUAUAUGCAUAAAUAUCACUCGCUUGCCUUUUGUUUGUUCGCCGGUUGCCAAAAAGGGGGCGAGGGUUUCGGGGGCGAGGGGAAAGGCGAUGUCUUCUUCCUUCGACGAUGCCUUCACCGUCGGAGACGGCGGCGACGAUGAGGAGGUUUCGACGGUGAGGACUUCCACUCGUCCCUUCGACGACGACGACGACGACGGUUACCUGGGCUACGACCCCCGACUUCCGUCGCAGCGCUUCGACGCCUUCUCGCCCGCGUUCUCCCCCUCCGAGGACGUCGGUCUCGAUGACCUCGAUGAUGCGCCGUCCGAUGGCGCUUUUGGACUCCACGACGUCCCCGUCCGCCACGUCUUGGGCGAAGACGGCGGCAGCUUCCCCACUUCUCCCGUGGGUUACGGCUUCCGAGGGGAAGCUCUCCCUUCUGACUUCUCGGAUCCCGUGCUGGAAUCCAACGGGAAGCGCUUCGGUGAGGUGGAUCACGACGGGGUGUUCUCUUCGGAUGGGCCGGUACUGCCUCCGCCCACCGAGAUGGAGCCGGAGGAGGGUUUUCUCCUGCGGGAAUGGCGUCGACAAAAUGCAAUCCUACUUGAGGAGAAAGAAUUGAAGGAGAAGGAGAUGCGGAACCAGAUUAUUGCUGAAGCUGAAGAGUACAAGAUAGCAUUCCAUGAGAAAAGGAAAUUGAAUUCCGAGACAAACAAGGUCCAAACUAGAGAAAGGGAGAAGCUAUUCCUAGCACAUCAGGAGAAGUUCUAUGCUAAUGUAGACAAACAUUACUGGAAAGCAAUCACGGAGCUGAUACCUCAUGAAAUACCAAACAUUGAGAAAAGGAAGGCCAGGAAAGACCAAGACAAGAAACCCUCAAUCGUGGUCAUCCAGGGACCAAAGCCUGGCAAACCCACUGAUCUUUCAAGGAUGCGGCAGAUUAUGAUAAAGCUCAAGCACGAUACACCGCCACAUCUGAAACUGGUUCCACCUGCCCCAGCUAAUGCUGUGGCUGCUGCCGCCGCAGUCACCACCGGAAGCAAGCCGGAAAUAGCAACUAGUGAAUCAUCUCCACCUGACAGCACCGCAACUUAGAAGAGACAGUUUUAAUGACACUUGUUUCAGAAUAAACUAUGUGAGAAUCCUUGCAACCAUAUCUAAACCAUUCUUCAUGGAUGCUAGUUCUUAAGGUUCGUUUUGACACAGUUGUCAGAACUGCUUUUUUA